AGUACAGGAUAAUAGACAUUGACACUAUGCUAAUAGAUGAUGGUAUGGAGUGUUGUAUGCAUGCAUGGCAUGUCUGGAUACUAAUAGUUCUGUGGUAUGUUAUAUUGUUGGAAUGUCUUGUAUGCACUCAAAAGGAGACUAAUAGUACAUGACAUUUCCACUAUCAGCCUAAUUACUGCUCUCACUCCCCAGAAAAGAGAGAGAGAGGAAGAGCUGCUCUAGUUUAUACCAUUGUUGUAGAUUGUAAGCUCCUGCUCAUUAGAAGAUGCUGAGACUGUUCUUCAUUGUUGCUUCUCUAUUACUCUUUGCUUGGAUCAAAGAGACAAAAGGUUGUGUUGGUGGUGUAUUAAGACUGGAGGAAGGUAGGCUGGAGGUAUGUGUAGAGGAUCAAUGGAUCAGUGUCUGUGGCAAUGGAUGGACUGACAGUGCAGGCAAUGUUGCUUGUAGACAACUUGGAUAUGAAUCAGCUUCUUCUUCACAUCAAACGGCUCCUACUGCAUCAAUCAAUGGUAUCUUGUUCCACAGGCUGAACUGUUCUGGUUUAGAGGCCACACUAUUGCAAUGCUCCGACCGUCUCUCCCUAACUAGCGAUUGUAACAUGACACUACUGCAGUGUAAUCAAAUCGUCAGUGCUGAGGAAUGCAAUACUGGCGACGUGAGGCUACUUAAUGAAGAGGGUGUCCCUAAUGCUGGGACUGUGUCUCUUUGUGUUGAUAAUCAUUGGACGAAUCUGACCGAUGACACUUGGUCAAAUAGUGAUGCAAUGGUUGUGUGCAAAAUGCUCAACUUCCAAAGUGGAUCAGUUGGUAGUGAUUAUGAACCAGGUUCUGGUGGUUCUAGUGAUGAUAGUGUGAAAUGUGAUGGAAGUGAGUUAUCAAUAUAUCAGUGCAUAGUCUCACUGGAUGCUGCUGUUAACAAUAAUUUUGCUCAAGAAGCUUCUGUACUAUGCCAAAUUGGUGGAGGAUUUGAAAACGGAGCUGUAAGGUUGUAUAGAAAUGGUGUCCAUUCAUCGCAGUACUACUUUGGUAUAGUUCAGUUACAAUACAAUGGAGCCACUGGCAAUAUUUGUGAUGAUUUAAACUUUGGGCAUAAUGAAGCAGACGUGAUAUGCCACCAGUUGGGAUAUGCAGGAGCUUCAAGCCACUCCAGGGCUGGCUUGAUGAGUUAUGGUACUGAUAAUAGUCCAACAUUGCUUGAUGAUGUCCAUUGCUCUAGUUCUGAUUACCUCACAAUACUCCAGUGUUCAUACUCCACUAGCAUUGACAGUGGCUGCUCCAGUAACAGCAAUGAUGUCACUGUACGCUGCUAUACGACUAGGAUAUGGGAGAGUAGUCCUUUUCUUGGUAUGAUUCGGUUGCAAGAUGGUAGCUAUUCCAAUGAAGGACGGAUUGAAGUGUAUUGCAAUGGACAGUGGGGAUCAAUUUGUAGUGCUGGUUUUAGUAGCAGCACUGCUAACACUGUAUGUAGACAGUUGGGAUACUCUGGUCAUAAUGGCUACAAUCAUUUGAAAAUUGGUUCUUCUCCUCAUACUGUGUGGUUCAGUGGCAGUACAAGUGAAGGAAUUAGCAAUUGCCUCACAUCAAUUGCUAGUUGUCCAUCUCAACCAGUGACUAACUGCAGCGAGGGAGCAACUGUUGAAUGCAUAAUCAGAGAAUUCGAUAAAGUGACCAAUCAAAUCAAUUCGUGCAAUGAAACAACAUCAGUCUCAAUAACUCCAUCACAGACCUCAUCAAGUACCUUAGUAACAACAAGACAUACUUCAACAACUACUAGUACUACUAAUACAAUUCCUCCAACUGUUGGUGCUACAGACUUACCAUUCUAUAGAGAGUCUCUGUUCCUAUACACUGGUGCUGGAGUAACAGUGUUCAUUUUAUUCCUUUUGUGUGUAAUAUGCUGCUGUUGCUGCUGCCAUUGCUACUGUAGAAGGAAGAAGAGCAUUCCAUAUAAUGCCCGUCAUAGCCAGCACAUAACACAACGAACUUCUACCAUCACUUCAAGAACCAGUGAUGACUUAUGUAUUGUGCGUAAUCCAAUGGCAGAAGACAUGGUCGAUAAUACUGAUCCUAGUGUUGCUCCUUCUUCACCUUCAGUGGCCCCUCCUCCUGCCCCGGCCCUAGCUCCUGUCCCGCCCCCUCCUCCUCCUCCUCCUCCUCCUCCUGCUGUUGGGUCUCAUACAAUGCCCAAUAGAAGAUCUGCUAGUUUAACGAAUCACGAGUCAAUGUUAAAUGGAACUCCAAUUGUUUCUCCUCCUCCUUCUGCCCCUCCUCCCCCACCACUCCCUUCAACUCCACCCUCUGCCCCGCCCCCACCUUCAGCCACCAGGACAUUCCCACGUAAAGUCUCUGCUCCUCCUAGUCUGUCCCCCAUUCCUGCUUUCCGUCAUCCUGUGACCUCAACUGGACCUCCUCCUCCAAACACUUCAACUGAUCAAUACUUUAAUAGUCUUCCUACUCGUAAAUCAAACCCUACAACCCCUCAACAUGUCACCUCAGGCCCAGCCCCACCUCCAGCCCCGCCCCCUCCCCCCAUCCCUGCCACUAAUAGUAUGGAUCGGAGGUUGUCACAGCCUGCAAGGUCGAUUGGUUCAGUACAGCAGCAGCAGCAGCAACAGUUCCAGGCUCCAGCUGGACUCCGACACUAUUCUUCAACACAACCCAACCCAGUGCCGAGUGGUCAGGCUAUGAGAGGUCCCCCACCUAAUAAUUAUCCGGCUGCCAGCCUUUCUCAGUAUUCUGAGAGGAGAGUGUCUUUUAAUAAUAUGGAGCGAGCACUGUGUAAAGCAAAAACGGCAGAGAAUUUAGAAAAGUACGACGACGUCGUAUCAAGCAUGAAAGAGUUCAUUGAACUAGGAGGCGACAUACAUGAAGCUCAGAACAGGAACCUACUCUCAGUUGGGUACAAGAACACGGUUGGGGUGCAUAGAAAUGCCUGGAGGACCAUCUCCAGUUUAGAAAAGGCGGAUAGUAAAGAGACGGAGAAAGAGAUAUUGAAAGAGUACAAGAAACAAGCUGUCGACGAGAUUGUUAAGAUCUGCACUGAUGCUGUGGAUCUUAUUACUAAUAAGCUUCUUCCCGGGGCUCAGACAACAGAAUGUAAGGUCUUCUAUCACAAGAUGAAGGGAGACUAUUAUCGUUACAUGGCUGAGGUCGUGGACGGAGAUGACAAAGAAGAUAAGAAAGAAAAAGCAAAGGAAGCGUAUCAAGAGGCAGUCAAGGCCUCGGAGGACUUGGGUAAAACUGACCCAAUACGACUGGGCCUGGCUCUUAAUUUCUCUGUCUUUUAUUACGAGAUUUUAAACGAUUCCGAGGAAGCCUGCAAACUGGCAAAGAAAGCUUUUGACGACGGGAUAGAUGAGCUUGAUACUCUAAGCAGUACCAGUGCCUAUAAGGAUAGCACUCUCAUCCUCCAGCUGUUACGUGACAAUCUGAACCUUUGGACUACAGAGGAUAAAGAUGAAGAUGCGGAAGAAUUAAUGGGCGUGGUCAUUAGAUUUAGCCACGCCUCAAUAAUCAUGCUGUUUCUUGCUGUAACUUUUCUCUUUAUUUUUCUCUCUCUUCUCUUCUUUCUCACGUCUAGGAGGCCAGUAUGUACUGGAAAGAGAGCUGGAGAGGCCAGAGCACCUGUUGAGCAGCUCCUGGAUCCUUCCAACAACCCAAAGAUGAUUAAAUAUGAAGUGAAAGAUUUGUCAUCUCUGGAACUAGUUGGCUAUCCGCUUAGAAUCCUGUCAUUAAAGUCUUUAUCCUUACUUGGUAGCUUUGUCAUUAGGAACGUUAAGAAGAAGAGCAACCUUGAUCUUAUGAAUGGUGAAUACAUACCAGAGCCACCAACACUCUUCCCUCCUGUACCUCCUCCUGUACCUCCUCCAUUAAGAGACAAAGCCAUUGAGCAAUCCAAUGCUAAACUAUUGGAAGAUAUUGCUGGCAGGUAUGCUUCCACUAAUGGUCGCAUAUCUUCCUUGGAUUAUUGGGUUGCCUAUAAGUCUGGUAGUGUUGAACCAGUGGAUGUAGCUAGGGCAGUACUGGAGUCUGUUAGAGUUUCUAAUUCUCGUUCACCACCUUUGAGGGCUAUCGUUGAAACUGACAAUGUGCUCACAAUGAAACUCGCUCAAGAAUCAACUAAAAGAUGGAGAGAGGGGAAGCCCCUAUCGUUACUGGAUGGCGUUCCAUUUGCAGUGAAAGCUCAGAUCAAGUUUGAGUCUUAUUCUCUGACUGGAGGAGGUACUUUCAAACCGACCUGUUCGCUUGGUCUUAAGGAAGCCAAGGUGGUUAGGAGGCUUGUUGAAGCAGGUGCCAUAAUGGCCGGUCUCACGAAUAUGCAGGAAUUUGGUACCGGAGCUCUUGGUUCCAAUCCACACAAGGAGUAUUUGACUGCAAGGAAUCCUUACAGUGAUGAGUGCUACUGUGGAGGGAGCUCCUCUGGAUCAGCAGCUGCUGUUGCCUCUGGUCUCUGUCCUAUUACAAUCGGUGGUGAUGCAGGUGGAUCAAUUCGUACUCCGUCCUCUUUUUGUGGCAUUACAGGUCUCAAGACGACCUUUGGAUCUUUAGAUUUAACUGGUUUCCUGCCUCAAACUGCUUCUGUUGGUGUCAUUGGCCCAAUGUGCUCAACAUCUGUUGAUGCAGCCAUUGCAAUGAAUGUAAUGGAGCCCGGAAGGUUUGAUUUGAGUGGGUUGGCUGAUAUUAAAGAUCUCAGUGGUCUAAGGAUCGGGGUUUAUAAUGAGUAUUUUGAUCAUGCUGAUCCUCAAGUUGUUUCGUUAUGUAGGAAAGCAUUGGAUGCUUUGGCUUCUCUUGGUGCUGAGGUUAAGGAUAUUGUCAUACCAGAGCUUGAGGAGCUGAGAGUGGCUCAUAUGAUAACGACUGCCACUGAGUUCUUCACUUCUUAUACUGUGGAUAUUGAUAAAAGAGUUGAAGAGAUGAAUUCUGAGACCAUUACGCUAUUUAGUGUCGGUAAGAGUGUCUCUGCCAAAGAGUACAUCAAUGCUCAGAAGCAGCGUACUCGAUCAAUUUCAAUCGUAAAGUCUCUUUUUGAAGAAGUUGAUCUCAUUGCUACACCUGCAACUGGAUCUGUGGCUCCAGCUAUACCUCCUGGGGCUGAGAAGUACGGGUAUGGGAACACAGAAUUAACUGGUAAAAUUAUGAGAUAUGCUUCUCUUGCUAAUUUCACUGGGAUACCAGGAAUAAGUAUACCAGUUGGUCUCACUAGUGGGGAAGGAAGAGGAGGAGGCCUGCCUGUUGGAUUCUUGCUACAGAGCGAGUGGAAUCAUGAAGGAUUGCUGCUACGUGUUGGCUCUGCACUAGAGGAACUCAUUCCAAUGGAGAAGCCGCCAAUUUACUACAACAUAAUAGAAAAGGCUAAAGAAUAGACUAACUAUUAGCGAGAGUAAAUAAUACCUAUAAAUACAGGUAUUAUUUACUCUCGCUAAUAGUAAUAGCUUUUAUUUAAUUUGUGUGAUUACGCCCACGAGACAGUUAGAAAAUUAA